UACCUUGUACUAUGUCAUGACGUGCUCUAAAUUGUAUAUAUAAUGCUCUUUUUAUAAUCAUUAAUCAAUCUACACGCAAAGUAUCUGCAUUUAUAAGAUUUCCACACAGUUUUGUCACAAUCAACGUCUGGCCACAAUGACGGAAAGGUUAAAAUUUCCAUUCGAAAUAUGCAAUGUUACUGAAGAAGAAGACAAAUUAGCACAGAAAUACUACAAAGAUUACAUUCGCCCCUUCAUUCGAGUGGGGCCACGGGGGUACUUCUGGAUGGCAGGGUUUGGUGACAAAGCUGAAGAUAUCUACAAUCUAGAAGUUAGACCUGAUGACAUUUGGGUAGUCUCCUUCUCAAGAUCAGGUACGACAUGGCUGCAAGAGCUGGUCUGGUUGGUAGCCAACGACAUGGAUUACGAAGGAGCUGCCGCUGCAUCUCUCACCAAACGAUUUGCUUUCAUAGAAUACCCAACUCAAGCUGCAGAAGUAUCAAAACCACCACCUACCGGCAGCCACGGUCGCGCCACCUUCCACGACUACCGCGACCUGCACACUCUGCACUCCCCACGAUUUGUGAAGACACACGUCAACCUGCAGUUCUUACCUCCCUCGCUACUUGAUACCGCUAAGGUAUUUUACAUAGCCCGGAAUCCCUUAGACGUGGCUGUUUCUUUCUUCUUCAUGCACAAGCUAUUCCGCUACUUCGAUCAGAGCGUCGAGUUCACCGAGUUUUGGGACCUUUUUAAACGCAAUUUGAUCCUCCACAUGCCAAUUUUCCCGCACAUCGAAGAAGCGUGGCAGAAACGAGACUGUCCCAAUAUGAUGUUCUUAUUCUAUGAAGAAAUGCAAAAGGACUUACGCAAUGUGAUUGACAGAGUCUGCACAUUCCUCGGCAAAGAGUACACUGAUGGACAGAAGAACAAACUCGCAGAGCAUUUGACCUUUGACAAUAUGAAAAAACGCUCUGCUCUAGAUAUAAGUGAAAAUAAUAAGGACUCAGAAAUGAAAUUCAUGAGAAAGGGAAAAUCUGGUAACUGGUUGAAUUACUUCAAUACAGAGGAGUUGAGGAAGGAAGCCGAGGAAUAUAUGAAGGAACACCUCGAGAAUACUGACAUGCAGUUUCCCGCUGUUGAUUAAAAUAAAUGCUUGUUUCAAGUUUGUAAUAAAUAAUAUAUAAUAGAUUUUAAAC